CUGUUUAAAAAAGAAAGAAAAGAAAAAAAAUCAACAUCUACUGAAGCAGGGAUGGGCGGUAUUAAUGCCUUAACCCUGAGGCAGAGACUCUUGUUUUCACAUUACAUGAGUGCAUCAGAAUGACAACAUUGCUUAUCAGUAACUCGUGCAACGUUAUAGACAUUUAAUAGCAACCUGAUUUAAGCAGCCAACCAACGUGUCAGCAAUGGAGAACAGUUUUCGCCAAAAUGAGCCAACAAAAUGAAGUCACACAGUCUUGGAGAAGCGGUUAUUUGGAUGUGUACGAAGGGUCACCGAAGUUUCCCAACUCUUCCAAGUUAAAUGGCACAGAACUCGAGCCACUCCACCUGUCCCGUGCCGUUCCGCUCGGCUUGGCUUUGGGGACUUUCAUCAUCUUCGCGGUGGCUGGAAACAUCUUGGUGAUUUUGUCAGUGAUGUGCAAUAGGCACCUGCGAUCUCCAACUAAUUAUUUCAUCGUUAAUCUCGCUAUUGCCGACUUGCUCCUCAGCACAACUGUGUUACCCGUAUCAGCCACAUUGGAAAUAUUGGAUUACUGGGUGUUCGGGAGGAUUUUCUGUGAUGUUUGGGCAGCGGUUGAUGUGUUAUGUUGCACCGCAUCCAUCAUGAGUCUGUGCGUAAUCUCCAUUGACCGUUAUAUCGGAGUGAGCCAUCCGUUGCAAUACCCCAGCAUCGUGACGGGACGCAGAGCUUUGCUGGCCAUGCUGGGGGUUUGGGUCCUGUCUUUGGUCAUCUCCAUCGGACCCCUGCUAGGAUGGAAGGAGCCUCCGUCACCGGACCACACCGUGUGCGUAAUAACCGAGGAACCCUUUUAUGCGCUCUUCUCAUCGCUCGGCUCCUUCUAUAUUCCCUUAAUUGUCAUUCUAGUUAUGUACUGUCGUGUUUAUGUAGUGGCUAAACGGACAACAAAGAAUUUGGAAGCUGGUGUAAAGACGGAAACCAUGAAUUCAGGUGAAAUAACGCUGAGGAUUCACAGGGGUUCGCAGGUGCACGAGGACGCCGGCGCAGCAGGCAAAGGUCGCGCGCAUCAGGGGAGGAAUUCUCUGACGGUCAAACUUCUGAAGUUUUCCAGGGAAAAGAAAGCAGCUAAGACCUUAGGGGUUGUGGUUGGCAUGUUUACAUUGUGCUGGUUGCCAUUCUUCCUCACUUUACCAAUUGUCGCGUUCAAUGUCAGCCUGCGGCCUCCUGAAACCAUCUUCAAAAUCAUCUUCUGGCUUGGUUACUUAAACAGCUGCCUGAAUCCCAUCAUCUAUCCCUGCUACAGCCGGGAGUUCAAGCUAGCUUUCAUCCGCAUCCUGAAAUGCAGAUGUCACCGCAGGAGACGGCCAGGUUGGAGAGCGUACAACUACCAGGGCUCGCACAUCAACUCCUUCUACUCUCGGCAGGACUCAAAGGACUCUGUGAACUAUGGUAGUUACCUUAAUGGGAGCCAGAGAACCCUGUCCUCUGCCAGCCCCAGCCCUAGUUAUCAUACCAAAGGCCUGUCGCAUUUCCAGGAGGAUGGACCCAGACAUGCCCGGAGCAGGACACCUUCUGUGUUAUCUGAGAGUAUUUUGGAUCAUCAUCUUGAGCCUGUGGAGGAAGAUCCAACGCAUUCUCUAGGCAAUCCAGAUCAAGCUGGUAUCAGAAAUUGGCCUCAAGAACAAUUGAAAAAGUAGGAAUGUGGAACUAGUGGCAUAAGUCUUUUCUUUUUUUUUAAUCACCUUAAAUAUUUCUGUGGUCAGGAAUAAUACAAAUAAAUCAUAUUUCUUUUUAAACUAUUUAAAUCUAACAUACAGCCUGGCAUUAGUGUACAGCACAGUGUGAAUACUUUGGCAUUCUUUAACAAACACAGCAUUAAAGCAAAUUUGCUUCAAUUUUUCAUUAAUGUCCAAUAGUUGUCAUUAAGAUAAUGUAUACAGUAAACUUAAAAAAAUGU